AUGCCUCUCACACACACUCUCCGUGCCAUCCGAGCCCCUGUCUUUCCUCUCGUGGCAGGACAACAGGAUUCCUCAAAGCCCUCGGCCAUGCCUGCCGGUAUCAUCGUGCUAGGGCCCAAGGUCCCCGGCACCAGAUGCCCAACCUGUGCCCAACAAGGCAAAGAGGUUUGGGUCAUUCCUGGUCGAUGCUGCGGUUAUUGCGGCACUCCUUGCGACUCUGAGCAUUAUCAUGAAUAG